GGCAAGUGCCCGAGCCAUGGCACUGCCUCGGACACUGGGGGAGCUGCAGCUGUAUCGGGUCCUGCAGCGUGCCAACCUCCUUUCCUACUACGAGACCUUCAUCCAGCAAGGAGGUGACGACGUGCAACAGCUUUGCGAGGCUGGUGAGGAGGAGUUCCUGGAGAUCAUGGCACUUGUGGGCAUGGCCACAAAACCUCUCCAUGUCCGACGCCUGCAGAAGGCAUUGAGAGAGUGGGCUACCAAUCCAGGGCUCUUUAGCCAACCAGUGCCUGCUGUCCCUGUGUCCAGCAUCCCACUCUUCAAGAUCUCUGAGACUGCCGGUACCCGGAAAGGGAGUAUGAGCAAUGGGCAUGGCAGCCCAGGGGAAAAAGCGGGCAGUGCCCGUAGUUUCAGCCCCAAAAGCCCCCUUGAACUCGGAGAGAAGCUGUCACCACUACCUGGGGGUCCUGGGGCAGGGGAGCCCCGGAUCUGGCCAGGCCGGAGCACUCCAGAGUCGGACAUUGGGGCGGGAGGAGAAGAAGAGGCUGGUUCACCCCCUUUCUCCCCACCUGCAGGGGGAGGAGUCCCUGAGGGGACUGGGGCGGCGGGGAUGGCAGCAGGUGGAGCUGGGGGUGGUCCAGACCGCCUAGAGCCAGAGAUGGUACGAAUGGUGGUGGAGAGCGUGGAGAGGAUCUUCCGAAGUUUCCCAAGGGGCGAUGCUGGGGAGGUCACAUCUCUGCUGAAGCUGAAUAAGAAGCUGGCACGGAGCGUGGGGCACAUCUUUGAGAUGGAUGAUAAUGACAGCCAGAAGGAAGAGGAGAUCCGAAAGUACAGCAUCAUCUAUGGCCGCUUUGACUCCAAAAGGCGGGAGGGCAAGCAGCUCAGCCUGCAUGAGCUGACCAUCAAUGAAGCUGCUGCUCAGUUCUGCAUGAGGGACAACACACUCUUACUUCGGAGGGUGGAGCUCUUCUCCCUGUCCCGGCAAGUGGCUCGAGAGAGCACCUACCUGUCUUCCCUGAAGGGCUCCAGGCUCCACUCAGAAGAAUUAGGAGGCCCCCCACUCAAGAAGCUGAAACAAGAGGUUGGAGAACAGAGUCACCCUGAAAUCCAGCAGCCUCCUCCUGGCCCUGAGUUGUAUGCACCUCCAUACCGCCCCAGCCUGGAGGAGGACAGUGCCAGUCUGUCUGGGGAGAGUCUAGAUGGACACUUGCAGGCUGUGGGCUCAUGCCCAAGGCUGACGCCGCCCCCUGCUGACCUGCCCCUGGCAUUGCCAGCUCAUGGGCUAUGGAGCCGCCACAUCCUGCAGCAGACCCUGAUGGACGAGGGGCUGCGGCUCGCCCGCCUCGUCUCCCAUGACCGCGUGGGCCGCCUCAGCCCCUGUGUGCCUGCGAAGCCACCUCUCGCAGAGUUUGAGGAAGGGCUACUGGACCGGUGCCCAGCCCCAGGACCCCAUCCUGCGUUGGUGGAGGGUCGAAGAAGCAGCGUGAAAGUAGAGGCUGAGGCCAGCAGGCAAUGAGGGUGAACGGUGUUCUCAGACCCAGGAACCAGACUUCUGGCUCACACAGACUCCCCACACUCUCCAUCCUCCAGAUCUAGUCAUCACCCUGACCCUUCCACUGCCCUUCUCCUGCGUCCUCACCUGCUCCAUGGGCACAGGACUAUGGGGCUUCAAGCAAUAAUGAGCAGGGGCCUGGCAAGAGGACACAAGAAGGGUGUGUGGUGCCCCCUCACCCUGCCCAGAACAAGGGGCAAGGACUCUGCCUCAGGGCAGCUGGGGUUCUCCCCUCCCUCAAUGCACUCCCAUUCUCUCUAGGUGGCCUCAGUGGUGUGGUCAGUCAGACUCAGUUUGGACAUGGGGGAAGGGGGACUUCCUUGGGAAGGUCCAGCAGAUAAAAAUGGCAACAUCUCUCCCCAGAAAUGGGGGCCUGGGAACACUGGACCUUCCCUCCCCUCCCUGUCCCCGUUUUUGUGUUUCUAGUUUGUUUCUUUAAUUUCAUGAGUGCUGCAGUUUGCCCACAUAUCCCCCUUUUUACCCCAAGUCCUCAGCAAUUCUUUCCUCCUGCCCACUGAGGGAGGUGGAUAGGAGGGGGUCUCUUGCCAGCCCGAGAGGCCUGGGUUGGAUACAGGGUCUCCCAAGGUGGGGCCGGACCACAGCACCUGUCCGAGCACUUAGAGCAUCUUUCUUUUCAGAUUGUGUACAGUAGAUUAUUUAUUUUGUUAUUUUGGAAUAAAAUUUAUUUUAUGGCUUAGGA